AUCAACCCAUUAUCUUUUUCUUCUUUAUGUAGAUCAUACCAAGUGUCUUAUAACCUGCAGAAAAAGGACAAGAAAAAAAGAACUCAUAUGGGUUCAAUAGAGUACCAAUCAUUGUUACCAAGACUUGAUUCACAUUCAAGAAUACCAAACAUAUCUUCAUCUGCAAUCGAAGAAUUCUUGGAACAGAGAACACUGCCAAUUCGAUGGUGGCCUCGUCUUGUUGCAUGGGAAUCAAGGAUUCUUUGGUUCUUAUCUGCUGCUUCUAUUGUUGCCUCUAUUUUCAACUUCAUGCUUAGUUUUGUUACCCAGAUGUUUGUUGGCCAUUUGGGUUCUGUUGAGCUUGCCGGUGCUUCUGUUGCUAAUGUAGGAAUUCAGGGUCUUGCUUAUGGUAUUAUGCUAGGUAUGGCCAGUGCUGUCCAAACUGUGUGUGGACAAGCCUAUGGAGCAAAACAAUACUCAGCAAUGGGAGUCAUUUGCCAAAGAGCAAUUGUACUACACCUGGGAGCAGCAAUCCCCCUCACAUUCCUUUACUGGUUCUCAGGCUCAGUGCUUCUAGCAAUGGGGCAAUCUGCGAGCAUCGCCGCGCACGGCCAGACUUUCGCCCGGGGUUUGAUCCCCCAGAUAUAUGCAUUUGCAAUGAGUUGCCCUAUGCAGAGGUUUCUUCAGGCACAGAACAUUGUCAAUCCAUUGGCAUACAUGUCUGUUGGGGUGUUCCUGGUUCACAUUCUCCUCUCAUGGCUUGCUGUCUAUGUGUUGGAUUAUGGGCUUCUUGGAGCAGCCUUAACACUAAGCUUAUCUUGGUGGCUUCUUGUCAUCUUAAGUGGACUAUACAUUGUUUUUAGCCCAUCUUGCAAGGAAACUUGGACUGGCUUAUCUUUAAGUGCAUUCAAAGGAAUCUGGCCUUAUUUCAGGCUUACUGUUGCCUCUGCUGUCAUGCUUUGUUUGGAGAUAUGGUAUAGCCAAGGAAUGGUACUCAUAUCAGGCCUACUCCCUGACCCAACAAUCUCAUUAGACUCCAUUUCCAUUUGCAUGAAUUACUUGAAUUGGGACAUGCAAUUUAUGUUGGGUCUAGCCGCAGCUACAAGUGUUAGAGUAAGUAAUGAGUUAGGGGCAGGCCAUCCAAAGGUAGCCAAAUUUUGUGUGAUAGUAGUGAAUGGAACUAGCAUUCUUAUCAGCAUAACUUUCAGUGCCAUUGUGUUGAUCUUCCGAGUUGGAUUGAGCAAACUCUUUACAACAGACUCUGAGGUUAUGGAAGCAGUUUCUGAUUUGACUCCAUUACUUGCUAUCUCUAUUUUCCUCAAUGGUGUUCAACCUAUUCUCUCAGGAGUGGCCAUUGGAAGUGGAUGGCAGGCUGUAGUAGCUUAUGUUAACCUAACUACGUACUAUGUCAUUGGUCUUCCCAUUGGAUGUGUCCUUGGUUUUUUAACCAGUUUGGGAGUGGCAGGAAUUUGGUGGGGCAUUAUUAUUGGAGUUCUUUUCCAGACAGUGGCUUUAAUUAUAAUAACUUCAAGAACAAAUUGGGAUGCUGAGGUUGAAAAAACUGCUGAACGUUUAAAGGAGUCUACAAGAGAGAGCUUGGACUCGAUGGUGAAUAAUGCUUGAAGACAUUAGAUAUUAUCAUAGGGUUGCAACAUACUUGAUACACACCUUAGGCUUGUUUUAAGUUUUUCGUUAUUUUCUUAAUUAGCAUUACAAGCUACCUAAUAGUGUAUGAAAAAGAGUCAUAGUUGGAUUAUUAUAUUAUAAUUAAUAUAAAAAGAGUCAUAUGAUAUAAA